AUCGACGCGAAAUUGAGCCGAAACCCUGCAGAGCGGACGUCACUUUGCGACUUCCUGGUGCGAAGCUGCACCUCAAUCCAAAGGUCGUCGCUGUGGAUCGAGCUCGCAUUUUGGCGCUUUAUACAAGUAUUUCACGACCUAGCAAUUAGCACAUGUGACUGGUUGUGACUGACCCCGAACUCAACAAUGGGGAUAGAGGAACUUUCGCAAAAAUUAGGACGCAGGACCGCUACUGUUGACUAUUAGAGUUCUGUGAUAUGUAGACUCUUACUGUAUGGCUUCUUCAGCGCGGGCUUGGGCUUGGGCUCGAGAAGACUGCACGUAUUGCAAGCAAGCCAUACAACUUGCUACUUCUUGCGUGAUUCUGUGCUCCUGCCUACUGGUUACCUCUUCAUAUGCGUAUCUGGAGGUCGAGGUGGACAGCGGUCGCGCAUUCGCGACCGCGGUCACCAACCUGAACGUGACCAGUAUAACUUUUGUCGCGGACAUAUUUAUGCACGAGAGCGACUGGGGUGACAUUGUUCCCGCCAAUUCAACGCCGUUCGAGCGGACGACCAACUUGACACUACAGUCAACCCCAGACAACAUCGCGCGGAGGGACUACUACGCGUUCAACGGCGGCUAUGUUAAAGACAAGGUUAAGCUAGGCCCGGGCGUGGUGAUUACGAUAUUGGGCAUCGUGCUCACACACUACCGAGAUGGCUUGGUGUCUACUGCGCCAGGCAUGGACCUGUUUGCCAAGUCCGACCCGCCGGUCGCGUCAGCACUGGCUGCCAACCUCCAGACGCCGCUGAUUGUUAUGAUCGACGCGGCGCUCAACCAGCCGCUGUGCUUCCCGGAGGACACCUCCAAGCAGAGUAUCGCGACUGUUCCACGUCCUUCCAACUUCCCCGGGCCCCAGCUCUACAACGUCUUCAAACCCCAGACCGGCUGCAUCCCAGUGGGCGGCAGCGGCCCCGGCACCGCGCCUGGCGGCGACCUUUCGGCUACCACCGCCGCCGUCGCCGCCGCCGACCUUUCGCCUCCCGCUGCUACUGCCAAGGCUACUGCCGGGAGGGUGCCGUGGUUGCAGCGGUGCUGGGCGGUGCGGCGUGAGUAUGUGGACAUUGCCACGACAGGCGCCAUCUUCGGACCCUCGGGACGCCCCGAGCGCACCUACUACUGGACCUGGGCACUGAAAGUGGAUGUGUUGUGUGACGCAAUCGCCAGCCCCGAAUGCGUGGCACAGCUGGGGCCGCUGGGGUGCUACCAGUCCACCCUGUUCCAGGCCUCUCAGCCGCGGGGCCCGGCCGCCACCCCGCCGCAGCCCCAGCCAGCAGUAGCAGGGCUCCCGAGCGGUGGUGUUGGAGGCGGCAGUAGCAACAGCAGCGGCAGCGGCAGUAGCAACAGCAGUAGCAAUGGCACGGCGGCCCUGGUGGGCGAGGUGGUGGGGGCCGUGCUUGGCGCAGCAUGCGUAACGGCCAUUGUAGCGGGAGGCGCAGUACUCCUGUACCGCCGCCGCCGGCGCAACGGUGCGAACGGCGGCGCCGCCGGUGACGGCGGCGGCGGCGGCGGCGGCGGGUCUGGCCGGUCGCUGCCGAAGACUGACUCGAUCAGCAGUAGCGCUGGGGCCGUCACCGCAAGCCUGCUGGGACCCGGCGGCAGUAGCAUGUGCGUGCCGUCAGAGCAGCGACGGCUGCUACAGCCGCUGCAGGCGGCGGCGGCGGAUGAGGGUGGAGGGGUUAUGUCAGUGAUGCCAGGCGGCGGCGGCGGCGGCGGCGGCGGCGGCGGAGUCGCCAGGAAAAGUGCCGGGCCGCCGCCUAUGCGCGGCGGCGGCGCCGCCGCCAGCGGUGCUGCCGGCGAGGGCCCGUCCCCGGCGGCGGCGGCGGCGGCGGCGCUCAUUCACAUGGACAAUGAUGGCGAAACAGAUGGACGAGAUGCGGGUACGGCGGCGGCGGCGACAGCGGCGGCGGGUGCGGCGGCGGCUGCACUGGCAGGGGUGCGGCCGGCCCUGACAGCAGCGGCGGUGGAUGCGGAGGCGGAGGCGGAGGCGAAGGCUGCUACAGCCGGGCACGCACACGAGCGCGACUUUUUCGCCGACGUGCCCGUCACGCCUAUGAUGCCCCACCGACCUGACGUGUUGCUGCUACAGCCGGCUACAGCCGCCUUCGGGCCCGCGGCUGCUACAGCCGGCACCACGCGCGCCGCCAACGCUGGCUGGGGCUCUGGGGCUUUGCCUGUCGUGGGGCCGGGCCCGGGUUUGUGCCCGGGGCUGCUGGGGUUGGUGCCGGGGCAGCAGCAGCAGCAGCCGCGGCGUCGGGGCAGCGAGGCAGCAGCUACUGCUGGGGGUGGGGGUGGUGGGGGUGGACAUGUUAGUGCUGCUGCCGCUGCUGCCGCUGCUGCUGCCGCUGCUGCUGGUGGUGCUGUGGAGGGCGAGGGUGUCGACGGCUCGAGCGCCAUGGAGGUCAUUCUGGAGCCGCCCGGCGGCGGUGGUCACGUCAGCCAAACAGGCGGCGGCGGCGGCGGUGGCGUGGGCGGCGUGGGCACAGUCCUGGGCAAGGGAGCUUUCGGCAAGGUGGUUCACGGGCUGUACAAGGGUCGGCACGUAGCGGUCAAGCUGGUUCACGACGCGCACGUGUUCGGAGGGCCGUCGGCAUCGCUCAUGCGGAGCUUCGCACAGGAGGUGGAAGUGCUCGGCCGCUGCCGCCACCCAAACGUGGUCCAGCUGCUGGCGGCGUGCCUGCAGCCGCCGCGGCUGUGCCUGGUGAUGGAGCUGAUGGAAGCCAGCCUGGCACAAGCCCUGUACGGCCCCUUCCCCCCCGACGUACCACCGGCUCCUGCCGUACCGCCGGCCCCUGCCGUACCGGUAGCUGCCGCGGCCGCAGCCGCUGCCGUACCUCCACCCGCCCCCAACCCCCUUCCUGCCGUACCUCCGCCCGCCCCCACCGCCCUGCCUGCUGCUGCGGCUGCGGCGGCAGUAGCAGUGGGCGGAACGGCGGCUCCGCUGCCGCCGCUGCCGCCCCGCGCACCGGCGGCGGCGGCGGCAGUAGUUGUGGCUCCGCACGGCGCGGCGGCGGGAGGGAGCCGGCUUAUGCCGCUGCCCAAGGUGCUGCACAUCUGCCUGGAGAUCGCCAAGGCGCUGUCGUACCUCCACCCCACAGUGGUGCACCGCGACCUCAAGCCCGGCAACGUGCUCCUGAACGACCCCUGGGGCGAUCGGCCCGUAGUCAAGAUCACGGACUUCGGGCUGUCGCGACUGCGUGUUACCGCCGUGCCCACCCUCACCCCCGAUGCCGGCACGCCCGCCUACCUGGCCCCCGAGUGCCUGGACGCCUCCGCCCCCGGCACCUCCGUCAUCACCCACCGAGCCGACAUCUACUCCCUCGCUGUACUCACCUGGGAGCUUCUUGCGGGGACCAGGCCCUGGACGGGCUUCACCAUCAUGCAGGUCGCCUACAAGACCUCGCAGGGCGAGCGCCCGCCGCUGCACCUGCUGCCCGACCAGCGCUGUCCGCCACGGCUGAGGGCGCUGGUGUCAGCCAUGUGGGAGCAGGACCCCAAGCGCCGACCCGCGGCCGCGGAGGUGGUUAAGCUGCUACUGCUGAUUACGCAGGAGGUGGAGCUCGGCCCAGCAGCGUCAGCCGCCACCUCCGGCUACAGCCGCAGCAGUAGCAGCGGCCGCGGCAGCUACAGCCGCAGCGGCAGCGCCAGCGCACCUCAGCGCGCCGCGGCAGUAGCAGCAGCAGCAGCAGCAGCUCCACUGCAGGAGGGCCCCGAUGCAGCUGCGAAGCUGCGCACGCCGCCCAGAGUCCUGAACAGUCCGGCAGCAGCGGCGGCGGCCUCGGCCCACAUGGCGGGUGUCGCCGGCGGCGGUUACAACGGCGGUUACAACGGCGGUUACAAUGCCGGUUACAACGGCGGUGGCGGCGGCGCAGCCGCCGCCGGCGGGCUGGCGGGAGCCGAGCCGCUGCAGGGUUCGAGCCUGGGCGGCGGCGGCUGGGGCGGCUCUUCCUUUGGCGGUCCGCAGGGCAUAUCGCGAAUGCACAACGACAGCGGGUUCCUUGUGCUUGGUGGCGUAGGAGGAGCAGGAGCAGGGGCAGGUGUCGGUGUUGGAGGUGUUGGAGGCGGCUGGCAACGGCACCGUUUACACAGGGCGGUGGGGCGGUGGGCGGCGACGGGGCCGGCGACGGGGCCGGCGGCGGCGGCGGCAGCAGCGGCGGCGGCGGCGCAGGGCUUCGUGGCGGGUGUGGGAGGGGCGGCGGGAAUGGGAGGGGUGGAGUGGGCGGUGCCGUGGGGCUCUCCGUGGAGGGCGCGCUCCUCGGCGGCACGGGCGAUGCGGCUGGACCAGCUACUGCCGCUGCGGCUGCGGCCGGGCCGGGGCGAGGGGCCGGCUGUAGCAGGUGGCGGCAGUAGCAGCCGCAGCCGGGCCGCUACUGCCGCCGGCACCGGGCGCGGAGCGGGGGUUCGUGCUGAGGAGGAGGAGGACGAUGUCGAUGACUGGUCGCUUGGUGUGAGCGGCACACAGGCUCCCGCCGCCGCCGCCAUGGCGUACCUGAUCACCACUGAUCAUUACGACUCAGACCUGCAGCCGCUCUUCCGAUCCGCCGAUGGCGUGAGCUCGCUCGGCACCGGCGGCACGGACGGCUUCUUCCCCUUCCCGCGCGCCCCCUCUGCGGACGCAGCCCUCCUGUCUGUGCCGCUGCUCCCGCCGGCUGGGGCGGCGGCGGCGGCGGCGGCGGCGGGCGGCGCAGGGGGCGGUGUGGGUGAUGCCGACGCAGUUGCAGCGGGUGGUGCAGCAGACGCCGGUGCAGCAGACGCAGGUGCAGCAGCAGCGGCGGCAGCGGCAGAGGCGGCAGCGAGGGAGCCCGGCGCAGUGGCGGGGGCGGCAGGGGCGGAGGCGGCGGGGGAGAUGGGCGGCGUGGCGGUGAUGGUGGAGGGUUUGGCUGUGCCUGUGGCGUCGCCCGUCGGGUCGCCGGGGGGGCCGCGGAUGCUGGGCACGCCUGUGCGUAUCGGUCGUGCGGUGGCGGCGGCAGCGGCGGCGGCGGCUGCCCGCAGCUCACCAACACGAGGCACGAUUGUUGCGCCAGGCCGCGCAGCGGCGACAGCAGCAGCGGCAGCAGCAGCAAGGGCAGGAGCUGUGGCAGCGGCGGCUGAGGUGCCGCCUGCGCAAAGCCCGGGCCAGGGUCGGCGGGGUCAGCCGUCAUUGCAGCAGCAGCAGCAGCAGCAGCCGGGUGCGACGCCGGCUGCACAGUUGCCUCCGCCGGCGGCCGGCACUCGUAGCACUGCUGGCACUGCUGGAUCGGCCGCCGAGAACGCUGUAAACGCUGCUGCGGCUGCUACUGCUACUGCGGUUGCUACUGCGGCUGCUACUGCCACUACCACUGCGGCUGCUACUGCCACUACCACUGCGGCUGCUACUGCCACUACCACUGCGGCUGCUACUGCCACUGCGGCUGCUAAUGCCACCACUGCGGCUGCUACUGCCACUACCACUGCGGCUGCUACUGCCACUACCACUGCGGCUGCUACUGCCACUACCACUGCGGCUGCUACUGCCACUGCGGCUGCUACUGCCACCACUGCCACUGCGGCUGCUACUGCCACCACUGCCACUGCGGCUGCUACUGCCACCACUGCCACUGCGGCUGCUACUGCCACCACUGCCACUGCGGCUGCUACUGCCACCACUGCCACUGCGGCUGCUACUGCCACCACUGCCACUGCGGCUGCUACUGCCACCACUACCACUGCGGCUGCUACUGCCACCACUGCCACUGCGGCUGCUACUGCCACCACUGCCACCACUGCCACUGCGGCUGCUACUGCCACCACUACCACUGCGGCUGCUACUGCCGGCGCCGUGGGCGUCACCGGCGUUGGCAGUAGCGCCAGCGGCAGUAGCUGCUGGGAGCUGCGGCCGGGCCUGACGAUGAGUGGUGACGGCAGGCUGCAGCAAGGGAUGGCGGGGAUGAGCGGCAUGAGUUUACUCGGGUCGCAGCCGGCGGCGGCAGUGCUGACGCGGCGCAAUGAAAACAGCCUUUUGGGGCUGAGCACUGCUGCCACCACUGGGGGCAGCGAGGCGCAGUGAUGCGCGCUUGCGUGCCAAGCAAUGGCGGCUGCAGCGGUGGGGAGGAGGCAGCAGAGGCGCAGCACGCAGUGGUGCGUGAGCUGCUAGUGGAAAGCAGGUAGAGGGGAGGGGGUGGUGUCGAUGAGGCUUGUGGUUGGGGCGCUGGGCAUCUUUUCAUGAUUACUGCUUGGGGCAUUGCAAAAAGUAGCACGCCUGCAAGGGUGCUGUGAGGCUGUCUCGGCUUGCCUGAUUGGCGCGAGCGCAUUUAUUUUAAACAAAUGCAUGUACGUCAGGACCGCGUACCGUACCUCGGAGCACAGCUGAAGUUGGUUUGUGGGCGGGUUCCUGUAAGGAUGCUGUUGGACUGGGAUGCUGUUGGACUUGACCUAUUUAGUAUAUCCGGCUGUUUCUUUGCAGUGUUGCUACGAUAAUCGAUACAGGGCAAAGCACAAGCAAGGUUAGUUGCACGCGGUGCACUUGUUUGAGACGAUACGCAAGAUCAGAGACUCCGGUGGCGGGGAACCAUUUUUAAGGUUCAUGUCAUGGCCUUUCUUUCUUUCAUGCACACAAAACACGUGGUGAGAGUGUGCGGACGUGCGCGCACGGGCAAGGUGACCGUUUGACCUGCUACCGUAGUCUGUAUCUUCGCUUUCCCAAAACAGCGUGUGCUUUAUUUGACACGUGCUUUUUUAAAGCGCCUUCCAUCCAUCCUUGUCUGUUCGUUCAUCCAUAGCCAUGUUGCGGGCAUGUAGAGCUGAUGCAAUGCAAUGUUGGCACGUAGCAUGCGCACGGGCACCUUGAGUUGAAUGUUUUCCCAAUGGCAAGGUGUGGCAGCCCCUCUGCUGGCCAUGUGGUCAGUGGGCGGAACACAGACUAGUAGAUAUUAUCCAGGUGUAAGUACAUGCGCUCGUAGCGAUUGUUAUACGGUAUAUUGAAUGGCCGAUCGAUUAAAGGGAUGAUGCGGAGGGGCGUGCCCGCGUCUGUUUGCGCGGGAGCUUCUGAUUCGCAACUCGCUACCCCAAUCGCAAGUCGCAGUUUGGAACACGACGGAACAUGAAGUUUUAAGGUUGUGUGGCCGUGCCGGCGGUGCGCUUACCAUGGUAAGCAUCUGCCUAUCAUAAUACAUCCAUGCAUCUUUCAUCUUCGAGGUUUGUUACCGUAAUCUGCAUGCGUCGGCUGCGCCGGAGUCAAGGGACAGGGGACGUGAGACCGUGACGUGAGACUCGUUAUCUUCUGCCGUGUUUAGUUACUUGCUUGCUAAUGUGGUGUUCAUCCCGAAUUUAAGCCUAUGCAUUUCUAAACCAAACCGGAUAGCUUCGGAGAAGGACCUGAGAAGGAGCGAAGCUGCCUGCAAACUGCUUACUUAAAAACGGCUCAGGGAAAAGAAGGUUGCCACAAUGCGGUCCAUGCGGUCCGUGGCUAGCAUGGCUGUUGGGAACUGCUUUCAACAUGGUGCAUCACUUUAUUUGGGAGGCGCUUAGCCGCGGUUACUGUGAGGGCUGCUGCGCCUCGGUCCUGCUUUGUGAUGGAUGGGACUUGCUUUGUGAGAGAUGGGGUUGGAUGGGAAAUGGCAUUGUGCUGCUGCGGGGCUUUGGGUCGCGGGCGUUGGUACCUGCUGUGCAGCAGCUGUGUGUGCGUGUGGGCGGCGGCCUGCUGACUGGUUAGGCUGCUGCACCAGAGACGGGCAGGCAGGCGGCAAAGGGGCGGUUUGCCCUGGGAGAUUGCGCUGCUGUGCUGUGAGCGAGGUCAGGGCGGGGCGGCAAGGGUGUUUUGAGUGAUACCGUAUUGUGCACACGUCAAUCAAUAAAACAUAGUGGUGAUCCCGCAGGCUGCUGGGGCUGAUUCACUCGAGACUCAAUAGUUAUUACGGCGACGAGUGUGACACGCUUUCGGGGUAUAAAAAAAGGGUGGUGCCGGCCAGUUGAGAGGGAGCUGAAGGGCCGUCGCGCGGCCUUUCACCUUCGGUGUCGGCUCCUCCCAGAGCGGUGUGGCAAAGUUGAGAUUUUGUUACCUGUGCGCCCUACCUGUGGACGAGUGCUGCUGCGCUGUCGCUCCUGAUGUAAAACAUUUGAUGU